UCCCACCCCCGACACGUUUCACACAGUGGCCAUGCUCUGGCUUCCCAGGGAGCUGGUCUCAGCGGCAUCCAAGCCCCUCACUGGCUGCCCUGCUCCCGGGGUACCCCUGAACCCAGAAACCUGGGGCUUGUGGGAGGGGAGGGAGUGUCUGCUUUGUUCCCGAGGGAGACCCUAGAAACGGCAGCAGGAUGGGUGGGCGGCCCUCGAGCCCCCUGGACAAGCGGCAGCAACAGCACUUGAGGGGCCAGGUGGACACCCUGCUGAGGAACUUCCUGCCCUGCUACCGGGAGCAGCUGGCAGCCUCUGUCCUGCGACAGAUCUCCCUCGAGCUGGGGCCCAGGGAGCCAGCCGGAUGUCAGCUGAUGCGCAGUAAAAAGCUUCCCCGAGUCCGUGAGCACCGAGGGCCUCUGACCCAGCUUGGGGGCCAUCCGCCUCGGUGGCAGCCGAUCUUCUGUGUCCUGCGUGGGGACGGCCGCCUGGAGUGGUUCAGCCACAGGGAGGAAUAUGAAAAUGGGGGCCAUCCCCUGGGUUCCAUGACCUUGACAGGGUAUACCGUCCUGACUUCCCAGCGUGAAUAUCUCCACCUGUUAGACACUCUCUGCCCAGUCUCCUCAGGAGAGCAUACACAGGAAGAGUCUGACCCCCUCCUGGAAAUGCCAGUGAACUACCCCCUGUUCCUCCAGCACCCCUUCCGCCGGCAUCUGUGUUUCUCUGCAGCCACGGGAGAAGCACAGCGAGGCUGGAGGCUAGCCCUCCAGGGUGGCAUCCGGCUUCGUGGCACAGUCCUGCAGCGAAGUCAGGCCCCCGCCGCCCGUGCCUUCCUGGACGCCGUAAGACUCUAUCGGCAGCACCAAGGCCAUUUUGGCGACGACGACGUGACCCUGGGCUCGGACGCUGAGGUGCUGACCGGGGUGCUGAUGAGGGAGCUGCUGCCGGCGCUGCGAGCUCAGACCCUGCCCGGCCUGCGGGGGGCCAGGCGCAACCGUGCCUGGGCCUGGACGGAGCUCCUAGACGCAGUGCACGCCGCGGUCCUUGCCGAGGCCUCCGCGGGGCUCCGCGCCUUCCAGCCGGAAAAGGACGAGCUGCUAGCGGUCCUGGAGAAAACCAUCCGGCCCGACGUGGACCAGAUAUUGCGGCAGCGGGAGCGCUUGGCUGGGAGGCUGCGGGUCGAGGUCCAGCGCCCCCUGGAGUCGUGCCUGCACGGAAAGGUGGACACACAGCUGUCCCUGGUCACGCAGAAGCUGCUGAGCACCAUGGAAGCCGUGCUCUCGGCAGUGCGGACCCUCCUAGCUCAGGGCAUGGACCGCCUGUCUGGCCAUCUUCGUGGGAGCUCCUCUGGCACGCAGCUGCGCAAGGAGGUUUACUCAUUUGGGGAGAUGCCAUGGGACCCAGAGCUGAUGCAGACCUGCUACCGUGAGGCUGAGAGAAGACAGGGGCGCCUGAGGCAGCUGGUGGUGCCAUUUGGCUUCUUUGGAACACGGAGCCUGAUGUUUGGGGCCCAGGAUCUUGCCCAGCAGCUUAUGGCUGACGCUGUGACCACCUUCCUACAACUGGCAGACCAGUGUCUGACUAUGGCCCUUGACUGCGCCCAGGCUGCCCAGCAGCUGGAGAAAGUCCGGGGGCGUGUGCUGAAGAAGUUCCAGUCAGACAGUGGCUCAGUGCAGAGGAAUUUUACCCGUGGGUGGCUGCUCUCCAUCUUCUUGCCCUUUGUGUUGCGCCAGCUGGAGGGGAGCUGCACAGUGGAGCUGCUUGAGUUCGAAGGAGACGUCCUUGCUGUGGGUAGCCCAGCCCUGACCGUCAAGGGCAUCUAUAAAGACAUGGUCCAGGGGGUCCUGCUGCAGAGGAUCGAUGGAGAAUUGAAAAAGGCCCUUGGUGCCAGUGACAUGUCCUGCACUCCGGAUGGCUGCUCGGAGGCCCCAUGGGACCAGAAAGGAGUAGAUGAGGAAGCUGAGGCUCAGAGAGGAACUCGCCCUGGGCAGCCAGGCUCUGGCACCGAGGUCCAGCCACUCUGCCCACUGCCUCCUCCCAGAACAUUCUGCAGUUGAAUCUUUGGUCACCUCGGUCCUUGUUUCCAUUGGGUAAAUGUCUACUAGCACAAUUUUGGAGUCAAGCCUAUGCACCAUUUCAAGGCUUUUAUAACCCUCAUACCUCCACUUCAUUCCUCUCCAGAAAAGCUGGCCUCUUUCUUACACUCCCAUCAACAGCAUUUUUGCAUAUUCUCCAUAUCCUUUCCAAACACUAGACAGUUUCAUAAAAGAAAAAAGUCAAUUUGAGACACACGCAUGCAUUUCAUUGUUUAGUUUGAAUUUCAUUCAUGGUGGAACUGAACCUAAAAAUAUGUUUAUUGGCCAUUUUUAUGUUUGUGCUUU